GUCGGGUUCCGAUACUCGAUACCCUCUUUUUACCUCUCCAGCUCCUCUAUCCCUCGCCCGCAACUGUUCCACGUCCACCUGUGUCCCGUCCUGCGUCCCUGCUCGGUGAGGGCUGGCCAUGUCACUCGUUUCGCUUGCUCUUUUUAUAAAGUAAUUCCAGGGCCCCCGCAUCCGCUUCCUCUCGCUAUGAUGCGCCCGCCUUUCCUCUCCAACUCGACCAUGUCGUCCGUCGCCUCCGAGGACUCGCUGUCGAGCGUCCUGUCGGCGUUCACCACCUCCUCCACCACCUCCGUCUCUGAAGGCGGCUGCCAGGUGACCAGAUGGAUCAUCGACACCCGCUCGAUAUGGCAGGGCGAGCGGAUACAAGACGUAGCUGCAGAAUACCUCGCCAUCAUCAGCGAGGAGGAGCGCACAAACAUCCUCCGAAAGUACUUCAUUGCCGACGCCCGCAUGGCGCUGGCCUCCGCACUGCUCAAGCGAGCCUACAUUGCCAUGGUGACAGGUCUGCCAUGGUCGCAGAUACAGUUCUCGCGCAAAGGCCACCACAUACACGGUAAGCCGUGUUGGAACCCUCCCGAAACCCCGACACCCGGCUAUCCAUGGCCAACCGUCGACUUCAACGUUAGCCACCAGGCUGGUCUUGUUACCCUCAUAGGCGUUUACCUUCCAGAUCCUGUCAUUGGGACCCUGCAGCAAGACUACAUUGCGGUAGGAUGCGACAUUGUUGCGCCCAAUGAACGGUCCGACCUCGUCACUAUCUCGGCUUCCGACUUCGAAGAGUACACGUCCACGUACUCGGAAAUCUUUUCGCCCGAAGAGCUUUGGGACAUGACUUACAACCUGCCUUCCAACUCCGUAUCCUUACUCAAUGGCGAGCGACUCAGCGCAGAUGUUCUUGGCCGCCACGACAGAUUGAUCGUCAUGGACCAAGUCUGCGAGAUUCGCAUGCCGGACGGCCGAGUGGAGGAGAUUGGCUCUGAAGUCAUCAUCGACGCCAAGUUGCGGCGGUUUUACACAUUCUUCUGUCUCAAGGAGGCAUAUAUAAAGCUCGUCGGCGAGGGCCUUCUCGCGCCCUGGAUCAAAGACUGCGAGUUCAAAAAUGUUCGCGCCCCGACACCGGGGAACCCGAUCCGGUGCUCGACAGACGCGGCCUGGGGAGGCAAGGUUCACGGUGGACGGAUCCCAGACAGAUUGACAUUCCUGGACCAGAAUGACGCGUUGUUGAUGGCGGAGGAAGACCUUGAGAUUUGGUUCGAAGGCGAGGAGGUUCAGGACGUGAGGACAGAGGUUCAGUCGUACGGCGAGAGCUUCAUGAUCUCAUCCAUGAUCAGGCCGGCUACACUGCUUGGUCCCGCAGGGGAAUUCCCGGAUUGGCACAGAGUCAAUCUGGAAACGGACAUACUGGACGUUGCAAGGAGAGACCCGAAGGCCUAUCUAUGACAGGCAAGACGCAUGUGCAGACGCAGACGCUUUUUGUUUUCCCUUUUUGAUACCCAGACGGCACAGUGAUCAUGUGCAGCCACACUACCGCUACUACAGCGAGCUGUUUAGAAACUCAUGUCCUUUGUUUUUUUGCCGCUCAAUGCAUUGCGUUCAACCAUGUCUCGAGGUAUUAUCAUGUCAAUAAGACAGGGCAGCUUUGUCCGGCGUUGGUCGGAAGAGGAGACUCCGGAGGAUGGAUGUAAUAGCUAAUUGAUAAUGCCCGUACUUGGAUGCAAUGAAGCUUAUCGGUUAUCCGCCAUUCC